AUGUGCACCGUGAAUGUUACCAUCAAGAUCUACCAGUGCGGCGAUAGGAUCAAGGAAGAUGUCAACUUCCAGCCUUGUUCCAAGAUCGGCACCUCCGCUUGCCCAGGUCGCAAGGAAAACUCGCUGGGCUCAACCCGUGUGAAAGGAAAAUGCGGAACCCACGGUUGCAGAAACCCAUAA